GUCAGUGCCGGCUCUUCUUUCCCGUUAAGCCAAGCCCUAGCCCUCUCUCUCACUAUCGGUUUCCUCCAGUGAGGCGGACUCCUGCCCGGAAGAGCUCGUUGUCUGCUCGACGACCUUGGCCAGCCGCUCGAACUCGAGGCUAGCACAGAGGGCUGGAUGUGCGACCGAGGCCAAGCGUAGCGGAAGACGUAGAUUAGGCGGAGUGCGGCGCAUUGCUAUUGUUGGUCAUCGGCGCCGCGGUAACCUCGCUUCCCACUAUCCUCUCUCCUACUCCGUGCCGGCCGGCGGAUUCCGUCGGAUUGAAGAAGGCGUCACAUCGACGUUAAAAAUUCGGUUCGCUCGUGGCACACCGACCCCUUCUCCCAUAUCGAUAGAUGAAUUUCUUUUGGACAUUUUAACGAGCACCAUACUGGUGAGUAGGUGACGUUGGAUUCAGAUGGUUUGCUACCAGAUUAUUUGAGGUCCAAAUUUGAUUUCUCUAUAUACUCUGAAGCUUCUUCGAUCAUACUUCUUGUGUUCAUCGGGUGGUUAUGUGGUCCAGCCACAGGUCCUCGUUACCAAGGCACGAAGGGGAAUCCUGGUUGCAUUGAAAAAUAAGAGAAACAUAUUCCUUUGAGUUAUAUUUGACAAAAAUUAGUCAAAUCAAUGUCAGGCCGUGGUGCUUCUGAUGUACUGAGGCUUGCAUCGGUUGGUAGACGGCUCCUAUUGCAUGUUUUCGGUGAUAGUGUAUCAUGUUCAACUGUGUCGACGGGAAGAGGUGCAUUUUCUCCUGAUUGGCUUUACUCAGCCUUGCAAAAGCGAUCAAUGGCAAAGAGUCGACGGGUCCAGGACAGAAGCAAGAAGAAGCGGGUGCAUGAUCUUGAAGUUGUCACGGAAUGCUGGAAGGUUGCUUCGAAGGUGUUGGUCAUAAUGGAGGUUUUGAAGAAAGAGCCCGAACAAGUAAUACCUCUGAAGCGGUUGGAGCAGUAUCGGCAGCAGAUCAGUCUGAGUAAGCCCCAUAAAGUCGAGGACUUCAUCCGCAAAUCGCCCAAGCUGUUCGAGAUCUACAGGGACAAGAAGGGAGUGCUAUGGUGCGGACUUACGGAGCAAGCCGAGGAGCUCGUAGAAGAAGAGGCUAGGCUUCUGGAAGAGCAUUCGGAGAAGGCAGUUGAGCAUGUUACGAGGCUCCUGAUGAUGUCUGUGGAUAAAAGGCUUCCUGUCGAUAAGAUAGUACAUUUUCGGAGAGACAUGGGCCUUCCGUAUGAUUUCAGGACGAAGUGGAUUCAUAUGUUCCCUGAACACUUCAAAGUCAGGAGAAUAGAAGAUGAUGAGUAUUUGCAACUCACGUCAUGGAACCCUUCUUGGGCGGUUACAGAGAUAGAGAAGAAAGCUGUGGCAACAGGAAUUAUCUCAGAGUCACCAGGGGAGCCUGGAGUUCUUUGUCUGCCUUUUCCAAUGAAGUUUCCACCAAACUAUGGUAAGGUCUUUAGACAUGGUGGACGAAUUGAGCAUUUUCAGAAGAGGUCAUACCUGUCACCUUAUGCUGAAGCAAGAGGACUAAUGCCUGGAUCACAGGAGUUUGAUAAAAGGGCAGUAGCCAUUAUGCAUGAGAUAUUGAGUUUUACCAUUGAAAAGAGGCUUGUCACCGAUCACCUCACGCACUUUCGGAGGGAAUUUGUAAUGCCUCAAAAGCUAAUGCGGCUUCUUCUGAAACACUUUGGCAUUUUUUACGUUUCUGAAAGGGGUAAGCGGUUUAGUGUCUUUCUGACAGAAGCAUAUGAUCGUUCGGAGUUGAUAGACAAAUGCCCUUUGGUGCUUUGGAAGGAAAAAAUUCUCAGACUUACUGGUUAUAGAGGGAGGAGGAAGAGAAUAAACAAUUAUAGUGAUUUCUCUGAUUCUAAGGAUGAUUUGAUCGAGGGGAAUCAUGACAAUAGAAGUAGUUUGAUGGAAGUUGAGGAUGGAGAGAUCUUUGGUACGAUGGAUGAUUCUUCCAUUAUAGAUGAAUCCGAGAUGGAUGUCGGAGAGGUAAAGGAGGCAUAUGAAGAUUGAGUACUUAAGGCCCUUUUUGCUUCAAUGAUGUGAGCUGGAAAAUAGGGUGUGGAAUCAGAAUGAUUAAGAGAUGUUCAUUGUUGCUGGUUGAGCGGAGAACUGAACUUCGGAAUGGACAUGAAUCGGAGUAUGCAAAUUAUCUCUUCUUUGCACUCCAUUGCACGGUCCGAGAGAGAGCAAGAAUUCAAGAAUCAUUCGCACCAAGUAAGAAGAUUCUGCUAAACUUUUAUUUAUUCUUUCUCAAAAUGAUAGCAUUUCCUUUGGUGUCUAAAUAUUGUUGACGGGUCUUAUUCCCAUGAUAUCAUUAAGAACAUAAAUGGUUUUGUUAGACAAGGCAAAUAGGUAAAAGGUAAAAGAGAGGUGAGAUCUUGUUCAGAAUCAAGUUUCGCUACCGAUCUAUUGCAUGGUU